AUGAAGUCCGAAUCUGCCUCGCCGCCCUCGCCUGCUCGGCGCGCCCCGUCGCGCACGCUGCUCGUCGGGCUCGGGCUCUCUCUCCUCGUCAACAUCGCGGCCAUCCUCUACCAGAUCCACAUCAUCACGCCAGACAAGCCCUCGUACACGUAUCUCGGCGACGACCAUCCGCGCGAGCUCCCGCUCAAGCUGCGCAGCGUGAACAUGGCAUUCCACAACGACGAGGAGCACUACGCCAUGGCGGGCGACCGCGCGUGGGCGGAGUGGAACGCGCUGCGCCCGCCCAACGGCGGCGACGUCUACCUUGGCGAGAACCCGCUCCCAUUCGGCGUCUCCAUGUGGCACCAGAUUCAAUGCCUGAACCAGAUCCGCCAGAUACUUUUGGACGGGGAGGAUGGGACGCCGUACACCGAGCACUGCUUCCAUUAUCUGCGUCAGUCGCUGAUAUGCCGCGGCGACUUGACACUCGAGGAGGGCGGGUCGAGCAUGGUGAACCCGAACGGGGAGGGCACAGUCGCCCCGACGGUGAACAAGUCGCAUACGUGCAGGGACUGGAGACAGCUAUAUGAUUGGACGGUCGAUCAGCAGAAGCAGUGGACUCCGGAGAUGGUCAAUCUGCAGGAGGAGUUGGUAGAGGGCACGUUCCUCGCCAUGGGUGAGGGUCUGUAG